AAAUCCUCUUAUUUUUGUUCCCCUUGUGUUGUUGUACCUUCCUUCCUUAGCUUUCUACAGUUCCUUUUUUGUCUGUUCUUUUUCCUAUGCUUCUGUGUCUCUCUGCUACAAGAAAAACUCGUGCAACAGCUACUGCUGAGUUCACAAACUAACUCAUUUCCUCUCCCUCGGUACCCGUCAAUAUUGUUGUGUCAGCAUGUCUCAGAGUAACUGGGAAGCUGAUAAAAUGUUAGAUGUUUACAUCCAUGAUUACCUAGUGAAGAGGGAUUUGAAGGCUUCAGCUCAGGCUUUUCAAGCCGAAGGGAAAGUGUCCUCGGAUCCUGUUGCUAUUGAUGCCCCGGGAGGAUUUCUGUUCGAGUGGUGGUCAGUUUUUUGGGACAUAUUUAUUGCCAGGACAAAUGAGAAGCACUCAGAGGUUGCUGCAUCUUACAUUGAGACACAGUUAAUUAAGGCCAGGGAGCAACAACAGCAGUCACAACAGCAACAACAACAGCAGCCACAACCUCAGCAGUCACAGAAUCAACAGCAGCAGCAGCAACAACAACAACACAUGCAGAUGCAACAACUCCUAUUACAGAGGCAUGCUCAGCAGCAGCAGCAGCAACAACAACAACAGCAACAACAACAGCAAUCACAUCCACAUCAUCAGCAGCCACCACCACAACAACAGCAGAGUAGAGAUAGGGCUCAUCUCUUAAAUGGUGGUACAAAUGGGUUAGUUGGAAACCCUAGUACUGCAAAUGCACUAGCAACAAAGAUGUAUGAGGAAAGGUUAAAACUGCCCCUUCAGAGGGAUUCUUUGGAAGAUGCAGCGAUGAAGCAAAGAUUUGGAGACCAACUCUUGGACCCAAAUCAUGCUUCAAUAUUGAAGUCAUCUGCGGCUACUGGCCAGCCUUCAGGACAAGUUUUGCAUGGUGCUGCUGGUGCGAUGUCUCCACAAGUUCAAGCUUGUAGUCAGCAAUUACCAGGGUCUACUACGGAUAUAAAGAGUGAAAUUUAUCCUGUUUUAAAUCCCAGAGCUGCGGGUCCUGAAGGAUCAUUAAUAGCAAUUCCUGGGUCGAAUCAAGGUAGGAACAAUUUGACUCUGAAAGGGUGGCCACUCACUGGGUUGGAUCAACUACGUUCUGGUCUACUCCCGCAACAAAAACCUUUCAUACAGGCUCCUCAGCCUUUUCAUCAACUUCCAAUGCUGUCACCACAGCAUCAGCAACAGCUUAUGCUAGCACAACAAAAUUUGGCAUCACCAUCUGCCAGUGAUGAUAGUAGAAGACUCAGAAUGCUACUGAAUAAUAGGAAUAUGGGCCCAAGUAAGGAUGGUCUUUCAAAUCCUGUUGGUGAUGUAGUAUCAAGUGUUGGAUCACCUCUUCAAGCGAGUGGUCCUCCUUUUCCUCGUGGUGAUACCGAUAUGCUAAUGAAGUUGAAACUGGCUCAGUUUCAUCAACAUCAACAACAGCAGAACACCAAUCCACAGCAGCAGCAACUUCAACAGCAUGCUCUCUCAAAUCAGCAAUCUCAGUCUUCAAAUCAUAACAUGCAUCAGCAAGAUAAAGUAGGGGGAGGUGGUGGCAGUGUCACUGUUGAUGGUAGCAUGUCAAACUCCUUUAGAGGAAAUGAUCAGGUUUCCAAAAAUCAGACUGGGAGAAAGAGAAAGCAGCCUGUAUCAGCUUCUGGUCCUGCCAAUAGCUCAGGAACAGCAAAUACUGCAGGCCCGUCUCCAAGUUCAGCACCCUCAACUCCCUCAACGCAUACGCCUGGCGAUGUGAUAUCGGUGCCUGCUCUACCUCAUAGUGGUAGUUCUUCAAAGCAUCUUAUGACGUUUGGCACUGAUGGCGCUGGAGCUCUUACUUCACCUUCAAAUCAGUUGUGGCAUGAUAAGGAUCUUGAAUUGCAGGCUGAUGUGGACCGUUUUGUGGAGGAUGGAUCUCUUGAUGACAAUGUUGAGUCUUUUUUAUCCCAUGAUGAUGCAGACCCUAGAGAUACUGUUGGUCGUUGUAUGGAUGACCCGGGUACGGGGAAGAUGAUUGGAGUGGGCCGUGAGUCACGGGGUUUGUUCUACCUUGAUGUGCCGAGUCCUUCAGUUGCUUGUUCUCUCACAGAAUCUCCACAGCUCAUCCACAG